AUGAGAUUACCCGACAGUGACCUCGUGGUGGACUUUUUCACGAAUUACAUCUUUGCGUUUGUGAGUGUCAGCGCUGCUGGGUUCUGUUGUUUCUGUUGCAUGUUAUACAUGUUUGGUGUCUUAUGUGACCGUCAGCCGAAGUUUGCACGUGGAGCGGUGAUGUUCAUAUGGGUGUUGACUUUCUUGCAAUCGUUCAUGCUGUUCCGGACGUACAAAUGGUAUGUCCCCGUGCUUGCGAUACUUCACCACAUGAUGACGAUUCCACUUGUCUUCCAAAUUCCAACCAUUGUGAUAUACAGUGCACUCUUCUAUUUAGUCAUUGCUUCGACUUGUGUCUCGCAUAUGGUCACUCUGGCCGUGUUCUUCUUUAACAAAUACCAACUUCAUGAAUUGGUAUUUGUAUUCAUCACAUUCCACACCGUUGUGGUGUUCAUCAUCUCUUCGCUCAAGUUCAACGAAGAGAGAGUUGUCUCCACCGAACUUUCUCAAUCAUAUAACAUUGUCGUUAACUUGGCAGCUAAGGUUUUGAAUUGGAUGAAGAUCAAAGGUGGGUCGUUACAUAAGAGACUUUGA